AUGGACAAUCUGCUCGGUUAUGCGUCAAGUUCUUCAGAUGAAUCGGACUCUACACCUUCGAAGGUAUGUUAUACUUGUUUUUUUGUUUAAAAAUGUUUAUAUUUUUAUUUCUAGAAGCAGAAACUAGAUUCACCUGCGCCCUCUAACAGCAGUACGCCCCUAGAGUCACGGCAAGACGAGCCUGCACCAAGAUAUGUAGAGCCAGAAGCGCCAACAAGAAAAUCUUUUUCUGAAACUCCUCAAAAUAAAUCACCUUCCGGUAAGUUAUGCUUUUUAUUAUUGUCCAUUCCGUUUUUAGAUGAGGAAGAAGAAGCUGAGGAGAAUCGUUUGAUCGCAGAGGGAGGUGCCCUACUAGCCGUUACCAGCACAGGCGGAUCAAAUUGUCCAACACCGUCAAGAGAGUCGGAGGGAGAAAAUGAAGAAAUAAAUGAGGAGAUAACACAAUUGCCGCCUGAACCCGAAGGUGAAGUCGAUCCGGAUGUCGAGGUAGGUCUUUUCACAACUUUUGAGCUAUGCUUGGAUUGUUUUUGCAUCAAGUUUUCGCUUGAUACUAGUCUUGGCCAUGUGUAAUAUAAAAAACUUCGUUUUUCUUCAGGCGAACUUCCAUCGCUUUUUCAAAUACAAGGAGCAACGAAAAUGCGACAUGAACAAGCUACUCACUGAACGCAAAGACUUCAAAAACCCAUCAAUGUACGAAAAAUUAAAGGAACAGUUCGAUAUUGAUGAAUAUGGAAGCAACUUUGAUAAAAGAAAACAUGAAUUUAUACAAUUCGAGGACGAAGACUACUACGAUGCUCUCUGUAGGUCAUUUCCACAUUUAUAUUGUUGCAUUUUUAGCGGAAACACAAGCCAAAAUCACGGAGAAGGAGCAAAGUCGGCGGAAGAAGGUGUAG